GCCUCCUAUAAAAGCCCUUCGGCCUCAGCUCCCAUAUCCACACCCAAAUUCGUAAAACAGCGAUCAUAAUUAAUUGCUAUCUCCUCUCCAUUAAGCUUCACGAUGACUAGCUCCGCAAUGGCCAAUGCACUGCUUCUUCCUAUACUGGCCUGCACUCUGCUUGCAGCGACGGUCUCCACUGCCGCCGCAGGGAACUUCAACAAUGACAUCGACAUCACUUGGGGCAACGGCCGUGCCAAGGUCCUGAAUAAAGGGCAGCUGCUGACCCUUUCCCUCGACAGGGCUUCAGGCUCCGGCUUCCAGUCCAAGAGCGAGUACCUCUUCGGCAAGAUUGACAUGCAACUCAAGCUCGUCCCUGGCAAUUCCGCCGGCACCGUCACCGCCUACUAUCUAUCGUCUCAGGGGCCGACACACGAUGAGAUCGAUUUCGAGUUCCUUGGGAACCUUAGCGGCGACCCUUACACGUUGCACACCAACGUGUUCACGCAGGGGAAGGGCAAUCGGGAGAUGCAGUUCAAGCUCUGGUUCGAUCCCACCAAGGAUUUCCACACCUACUCUGUUAUCUGGAAUCCCCAACAAAUUAUAUUCAUGGUGGAUGGGACGCCCAUAAGGGUUUUCAGAAAUCUGGAGACGAAAGGGGUGGCGUUCCCAAAGAGUCAGGCCAUGAGAAUCUACUCCAGCCUCUGGAACGCUGACGAUUGGGCUACCCGUGGAGGCCUCAUCAAGACGGACUGGAAAAAUGCGCCAUUUAUCGCUUCUUACCGUAGCUUUAACGCCGACGCUUGCGUGUGGGUCGCCGGCAGAUCAAGAUGCCCGGCAGCUAGGAAGAUGGGUGGUGGUGGGGCUGGAACGUGGAUGGAUUACCAGAUGGAUGUGACGAACCAGAAGAGGAUGUUGUGGGUGCAGAGUAAUUACAUGAUCUAUAACUACUGCGCCGAUCGCAAGCGAUUCCCCCAAGGCUUGCCUACUGAGUGCACUGUCAAUUAAAAACUGUGAAUUAUAAGAUGAAAUUAAAAAUAUCCACUUUGUAUUAUAGUUAAUUCUUUAAUUCUUAAAUUUGUAAUAAGAUAUGAUGGUUUGUUCUUUAGUCUA